GUAGUAGUCCUCGUUCAAACUCUUCAUUACUACUACGGGCUUAAGGAGAACUUACGAUCUAAGGGUGUUUAGAUGCCUAACACUAGAUCAACUACUUACGGAGCAAAAUAUGAAAAGUGAGGAAGAUCGUGAUGAACACUAACCUCAAACAAUGAAGAACACGAAGAACAGGCUUGGGAGUUUCUCUCUCUAGAAAAUCGGCCAGCACUUCGACAAAUUCAGAAUGCAAAUGUGAUUCUUCGUCGGAGGGGAAGGGGUAUUUAUAGACCCCACCACCAACGGUCACUACACGUGGCACUCACCAAAUGGCCGCAUCAACGGCCACCACUGGGGGGCCACCACGUCACCAACGGGCCAGGACCAACCCAUAUCAACGGCCCACUGGCAAAUCAGACUCUACGGCCUACACACGCUCAACGGCUUUACAACUGCCAGCAAGCGCCCUCAACGUCCCAUUUGCUCACCAAUAUCACAAAUGCCAAACAAUAAGAGGAUGGCAACGGCCAGGUACGUAAUGGCCACAGAACAAAGGGAACAAAUAGCCCACAGCCUUCGGCUCCUCGUAAUAACCCUUGAUGAUAACUCUCUACAAGCGAUCUGCGCACAAGGGUUCUCCCACAGGGUUACCUUGGCCAGAAAAUCGCCAUGAGAGUUGGAUUCAGGGGGACUACGGCGAGACCGCUUCGGCCAAGGACUCAGGCAACUCCUUCACCCCUCACUCUCUUCGGCCUGAAGCAGUGGGGGACUGGGGGACUACACCGGCCUCAACGAAACAAAGGUAUAAACAAGGUAACCACAAAACAUGGCCACAUCAUCCAUACAGCACAACAGAACCUCAUCGGCCAAAGGCCCAUAACGUCACUAGCAACGGCCAACAAGCCACUAGAGGCAAGGACACUCAUCGUCCUCCGCCAACAAUUAAUCUUGACGGGCUCUUCGGCCAAAAACACAAAGGAACAACCUCAACGGCCUCACCGGCCCAAACGUAAACUUCAAACACCAACGGCCAGGAAAGGGAAAGCGCGCCCUCAACGGCCACCAUUGAAGGAAGGACACUCAUCGUCCCAAAACACAUUAAGGAAAUGACGGCCUCCCCCGCCCACAGCAAGGAACAGGUAACGGCCAAAGCACAGAAUAGGAUCACCAGAGAGGAAACAACGCCAACGCCACAACGGCUAACGGCCUGGAAAUGCCCGCGUCGGCCAAAAGCAACAAAGCACAGAAACCUACUCUCCUUCACUUCGUCUACGUCUCAGCUUAGAGAGUGGGGGACUCCUGAUGGAGUAUAUGGGUCUGAGCCCCAGGACCCACAUACUCGGAAGAACAGAGCACAAGACAGAGUGGCGCCCUCGUCGGCCAAACGCCCUCGUCGGCCAAGACGCCCCCGUCGGCCGAGAGGAAGCCAACCCGGAUUAUGAUCCCGAGUCCAAGGAACCCGGGUGCCCCCAUCGGCCGUGCCCUCGUCGGCCACGACCUCGUCGGCCACGAGGACCUCCCAGAAUCGGAUCCUACACUUACUCACUUGUACAGCCCAUUAGUGGCUUUGUAUUCGGCCCAGUAGCGGUCCAGUUGUAAAUGGGCCUCCCAAGCCCAAGGCUUGGGAGCCCAACCCUAAUUUUCUCUAUAAAUACUCCCCUUGGGAGUAGUUAUAGGAGGUGACAAAUUCAUUCUAUUGAAGCAUAUUAUUGCACUUCUCUCUCUAGCUCUCACUUCUCUCUAGAUAUACUCUAUCACUACCAUCUAUUUUACAGCAAAAAAACAUUUUAAACCAGAGAUUAAGACCCUGUUUGGUACUUCUGAAUUUUUUUAUGACAAGUUUUCCUUUAAAAGGAAUAAACAGGACACAUUCACUUAUUUGAGAAGUCAAACCAUCCAAAAUCGAAACAGGUUUCAAGUCUCGGAAGUAAUUCUCAAAGCCUUGUUCUUGAUCCUAUACCUAGGAGCUCUGGGAAUGACCUGGCUCGGCCCGAAAUGAAACUGACCCGGGCUGUCAGUCAUGGGCGGGCCGUCGUCGUAGACAUGGCCGACGAGCAUCCCGCAGCUAACGCACUUGAUCUUGGUCCGCUUCCUCUGGAUGCCCCAGUAGUCCAGUGUCUCGAAGAAGGGUUUGAUCUUGUCUUCCUUCUCGAAGCUGAAUUUGGACGGAUCGACGGCGGAGAAGGAGAGGGUGCCUUUGUUUCCGGCCUCGAAGUAGAAGUCCGGUGGGAAGAGCUGAGCGGUGUGGAGGUUGAGAUUGGUUUCGCACUCUUUGCAGCAGUAGAUGGACGCCAUGGUCGGCGGCGAGGGUUGAUUAGGGGGCGCCAAUUUGGGGUUUUAUUAUGCAGAAAAGAGGAGAGAGAAUGUAGGUUUCGGGUCAACCGUGAACUCCGAACUCGGAAGCCGUGUUUUCGCGAAGCAUUGAACAUUC